AUGUUGAUCGAUGCAUUGCUUGCCAAUGACAAAGUGCGCAUGCGCGAUUCGUCUGCUGUAGAACGAAAACUUAGCCAGAUUAUCAAUGCUGACAAGAAUAAACUUUUGGUGGUCUCAGAUUUUGACUAUACGCUAUCGCGUUUCCAUGAUGCUGAAGGUAAAAAUUGCUUAACAACACAUGGUGUUUUUGAUAAUGCUGCAUGGACGGUGUCACACGAGCUUGGUAUUGUUCUCGAGAGACUGAAAGCAAAGUACCUUCCAAUUGAGUUCGAUCCACACAUAACAGUUGCUGAAAAAAUUCCUCAUAUGGAAGACUGGUGGAGAACUUCCCACGAACAUAUCAUCAAAACUGGUUUUACGAAGAAAACUAUCCAAAAAUUUGUUUCCGAGGCAAAACUCGAAUUAAAGGAAGGAGUGGAGGAGUUGAUGAUAACGCUGCGUAACCAUAACAUACCUCUAAUUAUUUUUUCUGCUGGCAUAGGAAAUGUGAUUGACUUUUUUUUGCAAAAAACACUUGGCGGAUUUCCAAAUAAUGUGCAUAUUGUCUCAAACAUGAUGAUAUAUGAUGAAAACGAUGUAGCAGUUGCAUUUAGUGAACCUCUUAUUCACACGUUUUGUAAGAACAGUGCCGUUAUUAGUGGUUAUGGAUCGUUGUUUGGUGAAAUUUCAUCGCGAACGUGUGUUUUAUUAAUGGGCGAUUCUCUAGGAGAUUCGAAAAUGGACGUAGGUCUGGUGUGUGAACAAGUCGCAUUGAAAAUAGGUUUUCUGAAUUAUAAUGACGAAACAUUACUAGCUAAAUAUUUGGAUGGAUAUGAUAUCGUUUUAUUGGAUGAUCAGACUAUGCAUGUGCCUCGUUUAAUUCUCAAUUCCAUAUUCGAAACAAACAGAGAUGAAAAGAAUCCAUCAGCCUGUAUAAAUUGUCGUUUGGAAUCGAAAAACAAGUUGAGUGUGUAA